UAGACCAAGAUAGAACGUAGGAAAGGAUUCGACAGUGUAAAAGUCGCCGCUCAAGGGGAGAAAUGGCCAUCGUCGACAUUGCACCGUCGCCGGACGUGGUAGAGGAUAGAAGGCUAACAAUUGAGGUGUUCAGAGAAACUCCUGUAUCGGGUGGAGAUGAGGAGGACACAGCCAAGCAAGUCGAUGGUGAUCAAGUGUAUAAAGUUGUACCAGACGACAAAUUGACAUGGGAGCAUUUGCGAUUUGACAAUACGGAAGCAUUUGUCAAGUUCAACAAGGACUUCGUGCACCGGAGGGGGUUUGCAAUUAGACGUAUUGGAGAACAAACUUUUAAGUCUAAAUAUCUUCAAGAACCAAAAGUGUUAUACUUUAGAGCACGAUGCAACAAAGAAGGGUUCAAAACAGGCUCGACAAUUGAUAUUAUUGUCCUUGCUUCCGAUAUCCCAUCCUCGACAAUUGAUAUUAUCCCUGCGGGGCUACAUUUCUUGCUAAUUGAUUUAGAUUUGCUCUAAACCUCCUUCGCAAUAGCUCGAGCGACGUGAGAGGUUUGACCACCUCCAACUUGCAACUGACGACUGAUAUAGUUCACAUGCUUCUUGCUUUUUGAACCUCCACGAUUGGGGUUCUUGGUUCUUGCCA